AUGUCAACCGCUUCUGCAUCAGAGAACGCGGCCGAAGCAGCCUGGCACAAAUCCACAGUUGAGCUAUGGUUGCUGUAUACGAUUGGCGUUACUUUGACGCUACUUCGGACAUAUGCGCGGGUGAGAGCCGGUGCGAUCGGACACCUACGGGCUGAAGAUUUCCUUGUCUGGGCUGGAAUUAUAUUUUACACGGCGCAGACGGCUCUAGCAUACAGCGUUGGCAAUGUCGCCCGUGGCCUUGCAAACAAUGGCCUGACCGAUGCUCAACGAUCUACACUGUCCUACGACAGUCUAGAAUACCAGCUACGAGUGAUAGGCUCGAAAAUUCAAGUGGCUGGUUGGACUACAUAUUCGGUAUUGAUCGGUUUGCUCAAGCUGUCUAUGUUGGCGUUCUACAUCCGCCUUACGGAGGGCCUUGGCUACCGAUAUCGAGGCCCGGUCUAUGUUGGAUUUGCUCUCGUUAUCGGAACCAUGCUCAUUAGCAUUAUCACAAUCUUCACGGCAUGCCGUCCGUUCCACAGGUACUGGCAGAUCAAUCCAGAUCCAGGAAAUGCGUGCCAGGCUGCUGUAUCCACGCCUGUUGUCUGGGCGUCCUUUGCUUCGAACGUUUCCACGGACAUCUAUCUUAUCUUGAUCCCCAUUCCCAUGCUUUGGAUAUCCAGACUAAAACUCCUGAAAAAGGUGACAACAACAAUUGUAUUCGGCGCUGGUCUGUUUGUCCUCGUCUGCGCUAUCCUAAAAAGUGUCUUCGUUUUAACGGACCCGGUCAACGGCGCACAGCUUGCCGGCGAAUGGGGCACGCGGGAAACUUUUGCUGCCGUGGUCACCACUAAUCUGCCCAUGAUAUUCCAUUUCCUUCGACCCUUACUUUCUCGCUUGCUUGGUAGUGUGUUCGGCACCACGCAGAAAGUAUGCAAAUCUCCCAACGGUUUUCACAAGAUCGGUGGCGGCGCUGGUGAAUCUUCUAGUCAAAAUCCUCGAGGCCCUGGGAUCAUGCAUCCUAUUACCGCCAAUUUGACGUUCAGCGAGAGUGGAGAACGAAUUGUUGAGAAUGUGAAGAUGGACGGCUUCCCUGAAUCUAACUUGAUGGUUAUUGGAAGCGAGCGUCCUUCCGGUGGCAUUGUUGUCUCGAAUCAGAUAGGGAUAACCUAUGAAGAUGGUGACGGCCGCCUUGGUGGGCAUGGGCGGCGCCGGCAGGAGGCUUGA